AUGGCACAUCGGUAUUCUGUCGAGUCAUUCGAUACGACAAUGAGAGAUAUAACGGGUAACAAGAAGCCGUUUGGUGGUAAGAUUGUUAUUUUGGGAGGUGAUUUCCGCCAGGUUCUUCGUCUGAAGAAGAAUAUGCGUGCAUUAGGCGAUACGUCUUAUUCUGAUUUCUUGAUGCGAGUUGGAAAUGGAAAUGAACCUUUUGUGGCAAAUGACAUGAUAAAGAUUCCAGAUGAUAUGGUGAUACCCUGGACUGGUGAAGAUUCAAUGUCCCAACUAAUGGAUGCUACCUUUCCCGACUUGGAAAAUAAUUCUGAGGAUCAAGGUUACUUGCUUAACCGGGCACUUAUCCCACCACUGAAUGAGCAUGUCGAUAAGUUAAAUGAUCGAGUGGUUAGCAUGUUUCCCGGACAAGAGCAUACGUAUUAUUCAUUUGAUUCUGUGGAAGAUGAUUUCCAAAACCUAUAUCUUCAAGAACAGUUGAACGGAAUAGCCCCUGGUGGUUUACCUCCUCAUGAGUUGAAAUUGAAGCUAGGAGCACUCAUUAUGUUACUGAGGAAUGUUAGUGCCAAGAACGGCUUAUGCAAUGGUACUAGGCGUAUCAUAAAGAAGUUCUUUCCAAAUUGUAUCGAUGCAGUGAUCCUUAGUGGAAAUUCAGCGGGUAAAAGAGUAUUCCUCCAUAGGAUGCCAAUGAGCCCGCCAGAGAAUCUUGAGAUGCCGUUCAAGAUGAUUCGCAAGCAAUUCCCAGUACGUAUGUGCUUUUCAUUCACAAUCAACAAAGCACAAGGACAAACAAUUCAAAACACCGGUAUGUAUCUUCCCGAGCAUGUCUUCAAUCAUGGACAAUUGUAUGUUGGGAUUUCAAGGGGUGUUUCCAGCAACAAUACUAAGGUGUUAAUCAAAAAAGGAAACGCUGUUGAUAAAGUUGGAACGUUCACCAAGAACGUUGUGUACAAGGAAGUUCUUACGUCGUCCUAG